GUUGGUACACAGCUUUUCCAGCACUUCACCUGAGCACAGCUGUGCAUGCAGCAGUAGCAGCAUCAUGUGGGAGUAAGCUGGGCGGGGAAAAGCCACUUCAUGUGACGUCAGUACAGAAACAGUUCAGCCAGUUUGGAGAGGAGGAAGCAGGACUUCUCUGUGUACCGAAACCUGGACGUCCACGCAGAAGACACCCCCCGGCUCCUGCAGGAAGCACCAGCCGAGCCGGACACUCAAACCCAGCCCCCGCCCCAGCAGUUGCCGCCGUUCCGCGGUCACUUCACGCGACUUGCAUUUAGCGGCAGAAACACCGGAUACGAGCUCUGCUGCCGGGACCGAGACUUCCGUUAAGAAGCACGGCGGGGGAAAAUCGUUCCAGUCGAUAUUUCUAGAGGCUGGCAUGUAGCCGCCCCGUGUGCAGGUAUGUUUACCCGGGUUUGUCGGGUCGUGAAACCUGCUUUGACGCAGUGUGUCGCUCCGGUGAGACGGCGGCUUGUUGGCAGGCUGCAGGGCUCUCUGUAAUGAAGAGGCAAGCCAAGAAGGUGCUGGAGGAGGAGGCGGUCUUGUGCUGCUGCGAAUACAUGAACAGACAUGGACAGCGCAGCCAUGUAGCAGCCUGCUGCUGUGACUGUGAGGACCUGGAUGACGCCUGUGACAGGUUUCUGAAGAGGGAACCUCAGAAGCCUGAAUCCCUGUCACAGGUGGCUGCAGUCGUCACAGAUCGGAUUCGUGUGCCGUGGCUGUGGGGUGGAGCUCGCAAGGUGGACCUGUCCAUCAUUCCUCCUCUUCUUCUCCUUCCUGCCCUGCUGCACCUUGCUGCUCUCCACUUCCUGAUCGGGAUGGUGGUUCUGACAGCUCUGCCGGGCUUAGUGCUGUGGUACUACUAUUUCACCCACCGUAAGAAAGGACAGACCCUCUUCUUCCUCAGCCUGGCCCUUUUCUCCUUGGCGUACAUGUACUACUUGUUCAUCACUGAGGUGUUUCCACAUGGGGAUGUUGGACUGCUUCAGCUAGCGCUGGUAAGCGUCGGGGUUGUCCUCACCCUGCUGGCUCUUUUCCACACCAAGAGAGAUCCGGGCAUCCUGCGCCCAAACGAAGAGUCCGUUCACAGCAAGGUGGCAUAUUACAGCUCCCCCACAGGCAGAAACCCUUCCCUCAGUGGUGGGAGGCAGGAUGUGACGAUGACUGUAGCCAACCGGGCUGGGGUGUCGGAGCAUGCGGAGGAGGAAAUGAAGGAAAGCAACCGAAAGAACUGGUGUCAGGCAUGCAGGAUGGUGCGGCCCCCCAGGGCGGGGCAUUGUCGCAUCUGUGGUGUCUGCGUGCUGCGUCUCGACCACCACUGUGUCUGUGUAACCCUGGAGUCUCAGUACAAUGUUUUGUCUGCUUGUGUGUGUACACGUGUGUUUGUGCAUCCCCUCCUGUCUGUGUCGGGCAGGAUAAACAGCUGUGUGGGGCAGGCCAAUCACCGCAGCUUUCUGCUCACGCUCGUCCUCUUCCUGUUGACGUCCCUGUACGGAAUCAGCCUGGUGCUGCAGAGUGUGUGUCCACGGCAAAAUCUCCUCUUCGCCUUACUCUACUGCCCAGGAGUCUACAACCAGUACAGCACUGCUCUUUGCUUCACCUGUGCGUGGUACAGCAGCAUCGUGACGGGCGGGUUGCUUCACCUGCUGGCGAUACAGCUCAUCAACGUCAGCUACAACGUGACCGAGCGCGAAGCCCGAAUCGCCCUGCGAGAGAAAACCGCUCGCAGCGCCUGCUGGGGACUCGUCGUGAACACUGGCGCCUAUUCCCGAGGUUUCCGUGGCAACUGGUCUGAGUUCAUGAGCAUGGGAGACAAAGUGAUUCCCCCCUCUCCCACUGACUUGGUGUGAGAGACUUGUGAUGCAAUGCUGUUUAAAGUUUGGGAAUUGUGGCUGCUGGUGUGUUAGUGUCCACUGGAUGGCAGCAUGACUCCUUUUAACUGAUUGGACGUGCUGCUGGCAGCAAACCUCAGAGCUGCUACGUUUUUAACGUGCAACAUAUGGAGUUGCACUGACUUUGACACUUAGCAAUAACAACUACUCACGCCCAUAAGAUGCACAUACUGCCAUAAAUGUGAAGGACAUGCAGGAUCUCCUCUAUGCAGCUGGUCAUAUACGUCACCUCUGCCAAACAAAUAGUACUAGUCCUUCACGCUGGAUGUCUUCCUUGACUUGAAGGCUGACCUUAUGUCUCCCCUCCUUCGUAGUGCCUUGAUGCGAGACAAUAACUCCAAUCUGCUGAUCCUGGUGGGGACAUUUUGUCUGAACACAGCACAAGAUGAUGCCUCUGAGUGCACAGAUAGGAUAUUCAAGGAGGCUCUCUAGGGCUCACUAUAACCUUUUCAUCAUUCACAAACAGACUGCACUUGACCUUGUGAAACGAAUUCAUGGAUAUUUAUCACAACUAAUUGAAACAUUUUGGCACAGGCCAGAUAGGCCAGCUAAUUUGAAGUUCCACAGCAGCUGAUUGCUUAGUUAUUACCACACGAUUACUUUGACUCUUUUAAUCUGUUUCAAAACUGACUCAGAAAUGGAACAACUCUUAGAUAAAUGGAAAACGCAAAUGAAUCAAUAUGUUUUGGCAUCAGUUAGAAAUGAGUUUUUCACUGCUUUUGGUUCUCACAGGCAUUAAAGGGGUUUUUUUUGUUUGUUUUUUGUAUUCCAAUAAUUGCUCUGGUUGAUUUAUGUGUUUCUGUGAAAAUAUUUUAUAAAAUAAAUGUAAGAAGUGUGCAGUGUGUCAUCUUCCAGAGUGAUGCUGAGAUGUUUGCGUGUCGCCUGCAUCAGUAUGCAGUACGUUGCCCGUUCUGUCGGUCUUCCCAGAGGCGUUACAGUGGAUGGGAGCAGAAAUCUGGGAGAACCUCAGUCACUUUGCGGCACAGCUUCUCCCUCCGCUCGUCCUUCUCUCUUUCCUUGCGCAGCAAACAUGGAAGUUGCCUCCAGGCCAGGAAACAUUGCCGCAGCACUCGUCUGAUAUGCAGGCAGAUGGAGGGACAGACGGGAACAGAGCAAGUGAGCAAUAACAAAAUGGAUUAAAGGGACCUCUAGCAUGACAACAGCUAAUAAAUUCUCACAUGUAACUCUGGGGCUUGUUGGUAGUGUCACCAAGGCAGCUGGUGGGAAUUCAU